GGGGCCGAAGCGGGCUGCCGGGCUCCGGGCUGCCGGGCUCCGGGCUGCCGGGCGGGGCCGUGUCCCUGGGAGCCGCAGCCCUCGGGCGCGUCCCGGCGCUCCCGUCCCGCAGGAAGCGGGGCCGGCCCGCCUGAGGCGGAGCCGCGCGGGCCCGGGUUGAGCUCCGUGGCGGCCUGGUCUUCCUCCGGUGCUGCUGGGAAAUGCAGAAGUAACGCGGGGGAAAGAGCGUUCUGCUGGCGUAUUGCGACAAGGUCCAUCUGUCUGUGUGUGCCCACUGCUCCUGGGGAGAUGUCCAAUGUUUCCAGCUACGCCCUCCGCAUGGCCCGGCUGAGUGCCCAGAUAUUCGGCGACGUUGUCAGGCCCACAGACUCCAAAUCCAUGAGGGUGGUGAAGCUGUUCAGCGAGCAGCCCCUGGCCAAGCGGGAGGAGGUGCACAACUGGUACCCCCCUCACAACACCUACUAUGCCCUCAUGAAGAAACUCCGCUACUUCGGGCUCUACAGGGAUGAGCAUCAGGACUUCAAGGAGGAGAUGAGGCGAUUGAAAAAGCUCCGUGGGAAAGAAAAACCAAAGAAGGGAGAAGGAAAGAGAGCUCUCAAGAAGAAGUAGUGCUGCUUGAACAGGGUAACUGACUGCUCUGGAAAUUCUGGGGAAUGGCUGGAGAAGGCUUGGCAUGUGGGCUGCAUGUGGGGCACAAGAAACAUGCUCUGAAAUUGUGGACUCCGCCUUGGGAAUGCACUUGGGUCUUUGAAGUUUUACUGGUUUUGAAUUUCUAUACUUCAAAUAUACUCUAUAUUGCAGCACAGUAAUAAAAGAAAAAGUGCUCAGUGUUUUUCUUGAAA